UGUGUGUGUUUAUUUAUAGUUUUCUUUUUACUUCAUGUUGCAAGUGCAGUUCUGGAGGUGUUUGUCUUUGUUGUCUGCUGUCCUGCUGCUGUUGCCACGAGGAGCUCGGUUAGCUCGGGAGAUGUUUCACUGGCUUGCCACCCAGAGACUGAUCUCGAACGUCGUGAGUUGGUGAUAGUUUUUCAGAUUCUGUGGGGGAGGUGAAUCGUUUCUGGGGGUUUUGAAGGGUAGGAAACGGUCGAGCGUAAGCGGCUCAUGACGGAGUAUGGUUCUAGGUGGAGGCAAUCUGGCCAAUAGCUUCAUUCAAUUGCCAGGUUGUAUUGAGGAAUGAGAAAUCUGCCCCCCCAAGAUUGGAGAACUUUGUAAAUAGCGUAGUUGCGAUUUCCGGGACUCUCUGAGAUUGGACUUGCGAAUUGGGCUGUGUUUGUAGGAGGCGUAAUUGGCACCGCGAACCAUGGGUCACGUCGACUUCAAAGUCAUUCUCGGAGUCUUGGGAAACAUCACUGCGAUCUGCUUGUUCGCCUCGCCCAUUCCCACCUUCAUCAACAUAGUCAAGAAGAAGUCCGUGGGAGAUUAUUCUGGUAUCCCCUACGUGUGCACCCUCCUCAAUUGCCUGCUAUGGGUUGUGUAUGGGCUUCCAGUGGUGGAAUAUCAAGUAUUGGUGGUCACCAUCAACGCAGCUGGAUGUAUUAUUGAGUUGAUUUAUCUUGCGUUAUAUUUGAAGAAUGCACACAAGAGCAUCAGGAUGAAGGUGAUGAAGGUUUUGCUAGCUGUUCUGAUCUUGUUCACUUUGGUGACGGUGAUCGUGUUAGAACUCAUCCAUGACAAGAAGAAGCGCAAGCUUGUUAUUGGGACUCUCUGUGCCGUGUUCGCCGUGGGAAUGUAUGUUUCUCCCCUCACAGUCAUGAGGAUGGUUAUUCGAACUCGAAGUGUCGAGUACAUGCCUUUCUUACUCUCCCUGUUCAACUUCAUCAAUGGACUUGUUUGGUUCGGCUAUGCAUUCAUCGGUGGCCUGGACAUCUUCAUUGCUAUACCCAAUGGACUCGGCGCUCUGUCUGGAGUUGCACAAUUGUCACUCUACGCCUUCUACAGAAACGCCACCCCGGUGGUCCGUGACCGCGACGACGUCGAGAAAGCGAAGCAUAUGAAACCAAACACAGACUCUGUGUAUGUGCAAAUGGGACAGAAUGGGCAUCCUCCUCAAUCAGAAGCUAACGGAGCUCAUUGAGACCCACAAGUGCACGAAGAAAGACACCAAAGCUCGGGACCGUUUUUCCACCGAAUUAUACAUUGUAAAAAAUGGGUGGUCUAGAACACAAAUAUGUCAUAUGGAAUCAGUAGAAUAUGCCAUCUGUUUGAGGAAGCUGUGCAUCGUGGUCACGCAGAUCGUAAGAGAAGGGGGAAAAGGAUCAGCCGGGGAAACAAAACGUUUUUGUGUUGGUAUCACGUGUUGUCUUCGAAGUCAUUUUGCUGCCGUGACACCGAAGUAUGUCUUCUAUGUCUUCUGCAUUGCCGACGUGCAUACCUGUCGGUAAAUAAACAAACAACAAAAAAACUACUAAAAAUACUAGCACUUCACUCUUGAAACUCUGCAACAAUGAGAGAUUAGGUGUAUGAAAUACAUCUGAGUGUAUAUAUCUAUAUAUGCACACAUAUAUAUGUGUGUGUGUGUUAGAGAUGUGGUGAAUACUAGCAAGCAUAGCACUGUUCUGAAUCGCCAGUUGAAUGUUAAAACUUCAAUGGAAGGUUUUCUCAAGUUCGUUCA